AUGAGCUCCCUCAAGCAGUUUAUCCGCAACGUGCGUGCCGCCAAGACCAUUGCAGACGAGCGCGCCGUCGUGCAGAAGGAGAGUGCCGCCAUCCGUGCCAGCUUCCGCGAGGAGAGCCACGACUCCAACGUCCGGAACAAUGUCGCCAAGUUGCUGUACCUCUUCACCCUGGGUGAGCGCACCCACUUCGGCCAGAUAGAAUGCCUGAAGCUGCUGGCCUCGCCGCGCUUCGCCGACAAGCGUCUGGGCUACCUGGGCACCAUGCUGCUGCUGGACGAGAACCAGGAGGUCCUGACGCUGGUCACCAAUUCGCUCAAGAAUGAUUUGAACCAUCCAAACCAGUACAUUGUCGGCCUCGCUCUAUGCACCUUAGGCAACAUCGCCUCAAUCGAAAUGUCCCGCGAUCUCUUUCCCGAAGUCGAGACGAUCCUCUCCAGCGCGAACCCCUACAUCCGCCGGAAGGCUGCCAUUUGCGCCAUGAGAAUCUGCCGCAAGGUCCCCGACUUGCAGGAGCACUUCUUCGAGAAGGCCAAGAUGCUGCUCUCCGACCGCAACCACGGUGUCCUGAUUUGCGGUCUGACACUGGUCACUAGCAUGUGUGAGGCUGACGAGGAGGAGGGAGACGAGCUCGGUGUCAUUGAGAUGUUCAAGCCGUUGACACCGCACCUCGUGAAGAUGCUGAAGAGCCUCUCUAGCUCUGGUUACACCCCCGAGCAUGACGUCAACGGCAUUACCGACCCCUUCCUUCAGGUCAAGAUUCUCAGCUUGCUGCGUGUCUUUGGCCGUGGUGAUCCUCAGACCAGUGAGCAGAUCAACGAUAUUCUUGCACAGGUUGCUACAAACACGGACUCCUCCAAGAACGUCGGAAACUCCAUCCUCUACGAAGCCGUCCUUACCAUUCUGGACAUCGAAGCAGACUCCGGUCUGCGCGUCCUUGGUGUCAAUAUUCUGGGUAAAUUCUUGGCCAACAGGGACAACAAUAUCAGAUAUGUUGCCCUGAACACACUUAUCAAGGUCGUGGCAGUGGAACCCAAUGCCGUGCAGAGACAUAGGAACACCAUCUUGGACUGCCUCAGGGAUCCCGAUAUCAGCAUUCGCAGAAGAGCAUUGGACCUCAGCUUUACCCUGAUCAACGAGCAGAACGUCCGCGUCUUGAUUCGGGAGUUGCUGUCUUUCCUGGAGGUUGCCGAUAAUGAGUUCAAGCCAAUCAUGACCACCCAGAUUGGCAUUGCUGCCGACCGUUUUGCACCGAACAAGAGGUGGCAUAUCGACACCAUGCUCCGGGUCCUCAAGCUUGCUGGUAACUACGUCAAGGAACAGAUUCUCGCGUCCUUUGUCCGCCUUGUUGCAAACACACCCGACCUUCAGACUUACACCGUGCAAAAGCUGUACGCUAGCCUCAAGGACGACAUUACGCAAGAAGGUCUGACGCUCGCUGGUUCGUGGGCGAUUGGUGAGUAUGGUGAUGCGUUGUUGCGUGGUGGCCAGUACGAAGAGGAGGAAUUGGUCAAGGAUGUCAAAGAAAGCGACAUUGUCGAUCUCUUCGGCACCAUCCUGAACAGCAACUACGCCGGCCAAAUUGUUACCGAGUACAUCAUCACCGCCGCCAUGAAGCUCACUACCCGCCUUUCCGACGCCGCACAAGUAGAACGCCUCAGGCGGUUGAUGCUGUCCCAUCAAACUCAUCUGGAUGUCGAGAUCCAACAGCGUGCGGUUGAGUACGGUAACCUUUUCGCAUACGAUCAAAUUAGGCGAGGUGUUCUGGAGAAGAUGCCACCUCCGGAGAUCCGCGAGUCGCAGAGAGUGCUUGGUGAGGCAUCGACGAAGAGCAAGCGGACAUCGAAGAUUGGCAAGAAGAAGCCCAGCCAAGUUACUGAGUCAGACAUGCUGCUUGAUCUGAUGGGAGGCUCAGAUGGACCUGGUCCCGAAUCAAGCUCAGCAGCCAAUGGCUCUCAAAACAACGCCGACCUUCUGGCAGACAUCCUCGGAGGCGGUUCGCCUGCACCUCAAACCACGUCCCCGCCGCCGGCGGGAGGCUCAAACGUCAAUGCCAUUAUGGACCUUUUCAACACACCGAGUCAGAGCAGCACGCCUGUUCCUCAGGCAGCAAAGCCGCCGCCAUCAGCAGAUCUAUUCGGUGGUCUGGCCUCUCCGCCUCCGCAGACGGGCACACCUCCGCCGGGAGGUGCUCCGUCGCACCCGGCCUACAACAAGAACGACCUCUCAAUCACGUUCCAGGUGCAACGUAGCGGAAGCACUGCUCUGGUUCUUGCACGAUUCCGCAACAACAGCAACUUCGACCACCUUGGCAACGUCACGCUACAGGCUGCAGUGCCGAAGAGCCAGAAGCUGCAAUUGCAGGCAAUCAGCAAUGGCGAGCUAGACGGAGGCCAGGAGGCUACGCAGCAGAUGAGGAUCGCUGCAGUCAAUGGGGCCCUGCCGCCGAAGCUUCGCCUCAGGUUGAAGAUCGGAUACUCGAAGAACGGGGAGAACGUCCAGGAGCAGGUCGACUGGUCGGAGCCCGCAUAA